CAUACGUCAAGCUCCACAGCACAGCAGGGCUUACAUACAGUCAGACUCGGCAGUAUAGCUACAUUACAUGAAAUUAUGGUUUUGUAGUACAGCUACAUGCAUUACAUUCUUGUUCUGCAUUACAGCUAAAUACCAUAAGUGACAUGACCUGACCAGGCUGGCUGUGGACAUUGAUGGCGUCCUCCAGUUUAUCUCGAGACAAACUUACUGAUAAACGUUCAGUUGAUGACGAGCUAGAAAAUGGCGGCCUCUCGCCGCAACCAUCAGUGAAGACGAGCCCCCAUGAAGAUGACGUGUGUUCGGAGAUCGUGAGGAUUGAGCAGAGAGAAGGACAUGAGGGGCUGGAGGAUGCCAACACGCUGGGGAGGAUUGUACGAUCACUGCAGCUCAUUAAGACAUGGGCGUCUGGUGGAAGACAGAGGCCGCAGAGGCGCCCGGAUUCGUUCCUGGAACGUUUUGCUAUGGGCGGCAAGGAUAUCCCUGUCCACAGCGGGGAGAGAAGGCAAAGGAAAAUAUCCGAUCUCAGGUACUGGACACAUUUCUACGUGGACCCAUCAGACUCCUUCUACUACCGCUGGCUUUUCGUCAUCUCCAUCGCCGUCCUUUACAACGUUGUUUUCAUCAUCGCUCGUUCAGUUUUCUGGGAACUCCAGAGCACAUUCUUUAUUCUUUGGCUGUCUCUUGAUUACCUCAGUGACUUUAUUUAUGCUCUUGAUAUCUUCAUUCAGUUCAGAACAGGUUACCUUGAGCAGGGACUAAUGGUGGUUGAUCCAGCUAAACUUAGGAAAAAUUACUUGAAAACAAAAACAUGCUACAUCGAUAUUGCAAGUCUUCUUCCUACAGAUUUGUUUUAUUUCUUGAAAGGAGGAUUAGACAUCCCUUACGUCAGGUUCAACCGUUUAUUACGGGUCCGUAGACUUCUGGAGUUUUUCGAUCGGACCGAGACCCGCACAAGUUUUACAAACAUGUUCCGCAUUCUUCACCUCGUCCUGUACAUUUUGAUCAUUAUUCAUUGGAAUGCCUGUAUAUAUUUUGCCAUAAGCGCAGCUAUAGGUUUUGGCUCUGACGGCUGGGUCUACGGGAACUUAACGGGACCCCAGAAGGGGCUAGCGAGGAUGUAUAUUUACAGUUUCUACUGGUCGACCUUGACCCUGACCACCAUUGGAGAAACCCCCCAGCCAGAGCGGGAUAUUGAAUUUCUCUUCGUUGUUGUCGACUUCCUUAUCGGUGUGCUCAUCUUCGCUACCAUCGUGGGCAAUGUUGGUAGCAUGAUCACGAACAUGAAUGCAGCGCGCUCCGAGUUCCAGCAAAGAAUGGAUGGGGUCAAACAAUACAUGGAGUUUCGCAAGGUGAGCAAGGAGCUGGAAGAGCGGGUCAUCAAGUGGUUUGAUUAUCUCUGGACCAACAAACAGUCUCUCAAUGAAGAGGAAGUACUUUCAGCGCUUCCAGACAAACUCAAGGCUGAGAUGGCCAUCCACGUGCAUUUAGACACUCUGAAGAGAGUGAGCAUAUUUCAGGACUGUGAGCCAGGGCUACUGGUUGAGCUAGUGCUCAAACUUAGACUGCAAGUCUUUAGUCCUGGGGAUUAUAUCUGUCGUAAGGGAGACAUUGGCAGAGAAAUGUACAUAGUCAAACGGGGCAAGUUGACGGUGGUGGGCGAUGACGGCUCGACAGUUUACGCUACACUCAGUGAAGGCAGUGUGUUCGGGGAGGUGAGCAUUUUAAACAUCGCCGGAAAUAAGACCGGUAACAGAAGGACCGCAAAUGUCCGCAGUUUAGGCUAUUCUGAUUUAUUUUGUCUUUCUAAGGACGCCUUGUGGGACGCCCUCACUGAAUACCCUGAGGCGAAGAGAAAACUGAUAGAAGCGGGCCGGCAAAUUCUGAUGAAAGAUAAUUUACUAGACGAGGAAGCGAUGAGGCGGGCCGAGGAAAGGCAAGAAACGAUGGACCAGAGGGUGGACAGGAUUGAUUCGAGUUUAGAUAAUCUCUCAACUCGAUUUGCGCGGCUACUGGCCGAGUUUAACACAACGCAGCAAAAGUUGAAGCAAAGAAUGACAAAAGUUGAGAAGGUUUUAGCCAGGGAAGAUGAUUAUGUCUCGAACUAUUCGAAUGCAGUCAAUGUGGCUGAGGUGACGGCAGAUGCAAGCAACAGUUAAAGAAAAACUUGACAUUGCCAGAGAC